AGGUUUUGACCUCACUGUACCCUCACCAACAUGGCACCUAAAGCGCUAUACAUUUUGUACACGUCACACGUGUUAAGGGUUGCUAUGCAACAUCAAUGCGGUGUGAGGCAAAGUGAAGGCAAGGAUUGUCGUUCUCAAAAGUCUCAACGUGUUAACCCCUCUCCGGCAGCAAUCACCUUUUUCUUUUUGAAUCUAGAAUGCAUGUCACUACACGAGAACAGGAUUUACUGCCGCUACUGUAAGCGUCGCACUGGCGGAGGGCAGUUAUGUGUGUCGCUUUCUGUAGAGUUCACGGAUACAUCUGUCCAACAUCCAUCCGGAUUCCUCGACUGUGGUUCAGCUGAUUGGCGGAGACAUGGGGUCCGAGGCGGUGAAGGUGGUGGUCCGCUGCAGACCGCUGAACGGCCGGGAGAAGGCUCUCGGCUGCAGGAUGGUGCUGUCCAUGGACGUCCGCAACGGCCAGUGCUUCAUCCAGAAGCCUGGGGCCACCGACGAGCCCGCGAAACAGUUUACUUUUGACGGCACCUACUUCAUGGAGCAAACCACCGAGGAGAUGUACAACGAAAUUGCCUAUCCGUUGGUUGAGGGGGUGACAGAGGGCUACAACGGGACCAUCUUCGCCUACGGCCAGACGGGCAGUGGGAAGUCCUUCACCAUGCAGGGGGUGCCGGAGCCGAACGCCCAGAGGGGGGUCAUUCCCCGCGCCUUUGACCACAUCUUCGAGAGCAUUCAGUGUGCAGAAAAUGCCAAAUUCUUAGUGAGGGCGUCAUACCUGGAGAUCUACAACGAGGAGGUCAGAGACCUGCUGGGCAGCGACCCCAAGCAGAGAAUGGAGCUGAAGGAGCACCCGGACCGGGGCGUGUACGUGCGGGAGCUGUCCCUGCACGCGGUGCACAGCGUGGGGGAGUGUGAGCGGCUGAUGGAGCGCGGCUGGAGGGGCCGCUCCACGGCCUACACCCUGAUGAACAAGGACUCCUCCCGCUCACACUCCAUCUUCACCAUCCACCUGGAGGUCUGCGGCACGGAAGAGGGCGGCGUGGACCGGCUGCGGGCGGGGAAGCUGAACCUGGUCGACCUCGCGGGCAGCGAGCGCCAGUCCAAGACGGGCGCCACCGGGGAGCGUCUGCGCGAGGCGGCCAAGAUCAACCUGUCGCUGUCGGCGCUGGGCAACGUGAUCUCGGCGCUGGUGGACGGGCGCUCGCGUCACGUGCCGUACCGCGACUCCAAGCUGACCCGGCUGCUGCAGGACUCGCUGGGGGGCAACACCUGCACCCUCAUGGUGGCCUGCCUGUCGCCCGCCGACGACAGCUACGAGGAGAGCCUGAGCACGCUGCGCUACGCCCACCGCGCCAAGAGCAUCCAGAACCGGCCGCGCCUCAACCAGGACCCCAAGGACGCCCUGCUGCGGCAGUACCGCCAGGAGAUCCAGACCCUGAGGGAGCUGCUGGCCGGCGGGGGACCGCGGGACCCGCUCCCCCCCAGUGGGUCCGCUCUCCCUGGGUUGGGCUUUGAUUUGGAGGGUUAUGGCGCGUUUCCACUGCAGGGUGCGGAACGGAUCGGAUCUCAAAGGUGCGGGUCGGGUCGCGUUUCCACCGCCAAAAGUGGGCGUGACCCGGGCUUUGCCGUACCCGUUCCGGCCCCAUUCUCGGGACUCCUCCGUUGCGGUACCCAAAACGAGACCAGACGCCUGAAAGGGUCCCGUGAAAUUCUAGCUACACUACAAGCUGCCGCUGGGCUGUCUGAAGGCUCUGAUGCUGAGCAAGAGAGGCCCCACUCCAGUACUCUAGGCUCCAGCACUCUAGGCUCCAGCACUCUAGGCUCCAGCACUCUAGGCUCCAGCACUCUAGGCUCCAGGGCUGUAGGCUCCAGGGCUGCAGACUCCAGGACAACAGAGGCAGAGAAGGAGAAGAUUAAACAGGAGUACGAGGAGAAGCUGAGCCGCCUGCAGGCCGAGUACAGCGCAGAGCAGCGGUCCAGAGCCCUCCUCCUGGAGGACAUGGCUGCCCUCCGGCGAGCCUAUGAGGGCCAGCUGGCCCGCCUGGAGCAGAGCGCUGGCAGCAGGGGGCGCUGUGGGCCAACGCUCGGUAGAGCUGCUGGAUCUGUUCUGUUAAAGCUCAGGAAACACAUCGUUGUUACACAUAUUGUCAUUCUCACUCGCAAUGUGUUGAGGUGCCAUCUGUUCUUUUUUACGAUGAAUAUUGGGGCAUUUCACAGAUGCUUAGGUAGGGCUACUAUGAUGUACUUUGGUAUGAGUUGGGCUGUGUUAUUGAAAGGAGCUGUUGACUUUGUCUCUCUGUCAGAAAGCGCCCCGCCGAUGAGCCAGGCACAGGAACUACCUGCUGCUAGGUCCUCCUCCAAGCAGGAAGUACAACGGAGGAGCCCAGCGCCCGAGGUCCAUGGAGAGGGAGGGGCAUGUGGAGACCUUCCUGCCCCCCGACCAGGACCUGGACCAGGACCACUGGACCAAAGACACGCCCUCGAGCGGCUGCAGCAGCUGGAGCAGCAGGUGGUGGGGGGGGAGCAGGCCAUGAACCCAGAGCUGCGGCAACGGCAGCGGCAGAGGAAGAGGCUGGCCGACCAGAGGAAGCUGCAGCUCAUCACGGCGCUGGGGGAGGGCGGCGAGGAGGGGGACAGCGUCAUGCUGCGGGUCUACGACUCCAUCCAGGACGAGCUGCACGCCAAGGGCCAGCUGCUCACCCGCAUCCAGGCCAAGUUUAAAGCCGCCAAGCUGGAGAUCCGAGACCUGCAGGCGGAGUUCGAGGUGGAGAGGAACGACUACCUGGCCACCGUCCGCCGGCUGGAGCGGGAGGCGCUGCUGCACAACGGACUGCUGCAGCGCAUGGCGCCCCUGGUGCGCAGGGACUGCAACUACAACAACCUGGACGCCCUGCAGCGGGAGGCCUGCUGGGACGAGGACAGCGCCACCUGGAGGCUGCCGGACGUCGUGGUGCAGAAGACCUCCCUGCCUUCAGCUGUGCCCCCCCCCACCCAGAGGACCAAGGCCCGGCGCGUCUCAGCAGCAGACGCAAGGGAGGACUACAUGGGCGAGGAGGACCGGUACAAGGCGUUGCUGAACCGCAGCAACAGUGAGAACAUCGCCACCAACUACUUCAGGUCCACCAGAGCCAGCCAGCUGCUGGGGGGAGAGCCCUGCAAGGCUCUGGCCGCCCACUCUUCCCCCCCAGCCGGCCGCAUGGGGCCCCCGACCGGCAGCAGUGACAGCGGCCCAGUGGGGGGGCCAGACACCGGCCCCCCCAGGCCCUUCAGGCUGGAGUCCCUGGAGGCCCCUGGCCCCAACGGCAGCCGGGCCCGGAGGAAGAAGAGCAGAACGCACCUCCCCUUCGACGGGAACUUAGAGUAGGGCCCUCGUCCCGGGUCCGGGUCCCGGGUGCGCUACCGGGCCCUGGACCCGAGGGGGCUCCCGGGCCCUGGACCCGGGGGGGUGGGGGGGCUACCGGGGAGGUCCUGGGCCGUAAUGGAACCAGCCUGAGACCCCCGGCACCUGAUGGUGUGUGAUGCUUGUUUGUAAUUGAACUGAUGAUAAACCAGACUUAUACACUGAGGACCUCACAGCCCGGGAUCUAGAGGGCUGUGGUACCAGACUCUGAUCUAGAGGGCUGUGGUACCAGACUCUGAUCUAGAGGGCUGUGGUACCAGACUCUGAUCUAGAGGGCUGUGGUACCAGACUCUGAUCUAGAGGGCUGUGGUACCAGACUCUGAUCUAGAGGGCUGUGGUACCAGACUCUGAUCUAGAGGGCUGUGGUACCAGACUCUGAUCUAGAGGGCUGUGGUACCAGACUCUGAUCUAGAGGGCUGUGGUACCAGACUCUGAUCUAGAGGGCUGUGGUACCAGACUCUGAUCUAGAGGGCUGUGGUAUGACAGACAGACACACGUUCUACAUGUGAGGGUCAUGUGAUGACGCUGAACUCCUACAGUUGUUCAGUGGAUUAGCCCUCCCUCUGUGAUGCCUGCAGAGUGUACCCCAUGGGUGGUUAUUACUGAAGAGCCCGGUGACCCCCUCUCCUCUGGGGUCACCGUGGUGUCAGACCCGUGUACCCCGCCCCCCCCCCCCCCCCUUGGAGGGAGACGUGUUGAGAGGUGGUGAGGGAGGCGGUGUGGCGUGCGCUGUCUUGUUUCCUGUCCGGUGCGGUCGGCGCAGGUGCAUUUGGGGUCCUGGACCGGUCAGGCUGAUACAGGCUCUAUAGACGCUGUUGUUGCUGUUCGUAAAUAUAAAGGCCAGACUUUAGCGCCUAUAUUCAUGCACAUGUAAACAUUGGGUCAUUUAGAAAACGCUUUUGAUCAAAUGCAGUAAUCUAUUAUUAAGGCCCGACUAGGGGCGGGCCUGUUGAUUCAGGGUCGUACCGGUGGACAACAGACAACCGAGAACGUUCCUCUAUGUUACAGCAUGUAACCAUGCUGUUAGGCAUCUAACUCUAACAGCAUCUAACCCUAACAGCAUGUCAUGUUAGAUUAUGGAGGGAGAUGGCUCAGGGUGGAGGCUGAGUAGGGGCUGAGUAGCCAGAGACCUGUUCUACUCCGGCUGUGGGUUGGGUGAUACUGUACUGAGUGAUGUUUUUGUUGCCGUGGAUACCAACAGUAACUCUGGUUACUUCCACAUCUACAAAGAUGGGUCAGGCCAAUUGGAGUGUCCUUAUCUAACCCGUCUGUAUGGGAGUGAGUGACUUUGAUGCGAUGCGACAUGAAUUCAGGAACAGAGGUGAGAGGUCAAAGCAUGUGUAUAAAAUUAGUUAAACAAACAAAGGUUACAAUCGUUGUGAUCCAGAUGACCGAUAGUGGCCCGUACCUGUCUCACCCCCCUCCCCAGUCCAGUGACCCCUAACCCUAACCCUAUCCAGAUGACCGAUAGUGGCCCGUACCUGUCUCACCCCCCUCCCCAGUCCAGAUGACCGAUAGUGGCCCGUACCUGUCUAACCCCCCUCCCCAGUCCAGAUGACCGAUAGUGGCCCGUACCUGUCUCACCCCCCUCCCCAGUCCAGAUGACCGAUAGUGGCCCGUACCUGUCUCUGUCUCACCCCCCUCCCCAGUCCAGAUGACCGAUAGUGGCCCGUACCUGUCUCACCCCCCUCCCCAGUCCAGAUGACCGAUAGUGGCCCCGUACCUGUCUAACCCCCCUCCCCAGUCCAGAUGACCGAUAGUGGCCCGUACCUGUCUCUGUCUCACCCCCCUCCCCAGUCCAGAUGACCGAUAGUGGCCCGUACCUGUCUCACCCCCCUCCCCAGUCCAGAUGACCGAUAGUGGCCCGUACCUGUCUCUGUCUAACCCCCCUCCCCAGUCCAGAUGACCGAUAGUGGCCCGUACCUGUCUCACCCCCCUCCCCAGUCCAGAUGACCGAUAGUGGCCCGUACCUGUCUCACCCCCCUCCCCAGUCCAGAUGACCGAUAGUGGCCCGUACCUGUCUCACCCCCCUCCCCAGUCCAGAUGACCGAUAGUGGCUACCCUAACCCUCCCCAGUGAAUCCUUGCCCCUGCUCCCUGUCUGCGUCGGUCGUGUUUCUCGGCAGCUGUGGCCUGAUUUCCCGGCUCAUUGUUCACUACGACAGUCCAGCAGCGAGGCCCUGGUGUCGGUUUCAAAACAUGACACCCCUUGGUUACGAAGGACAAUGCCCUUCACCACGCGGCCAGCCAGCAGAUCGUUCUCCUCCCCUAAUCCAGGCCGGCACGCCAACUCAAGAAUUCCCGACAGGCUAAUUACAUAAGCUAAUCACCGUUCCUUUAGACGUGGUCGACGGGAGACCUAGAUCCCUAGCAUCUCCAGCGACCCACGCCAAAGGGGGGGGGGGGGUAGAAAUGGAAGAAGGCGUGGCUAGGUAGGCUGCGGCUCCAAGCUGGGGAUAACAGCGGACAGCGGGGAGGGACUACUCACUGGGAGCUGGGUGUAAUGUGGGGAAGCUGAACAGCACUGCAGUCAGGAAGCCCUGAAGGAAUUAAAGCACUUCAGGCUAAUCCCACCAG